AAGAAGCCGGUUCAACCGAUUUCGCGUACUCCAUUGCAAAUUAAAAUGGAUUACACGAAAUUUUUUGCGAAGAGAACUCAUUUCCAAAGGGACAAUCUCAUCAGGCGAUUGACAAAGAUGUUUUUGCAAAAUCCUGGGUCGAUUAAUCUGGCGUCUGGUAUGCCGAAUUCAACACUAUUUCCAUUUGAAAAUUUAUCGGUCAAGUGUGGAGAUAAAACGAUAACGCUAUCGCCGAAAGAAAUGGGGGAAGGACUGCAGUAUGGGCCGUCUCAAGGAUAUUUUCCCCUGAUCAACAAAUUGAAAGACUUUCAAACCCGGUGGCACAGUCCCCCGUUCAAAAACUGGGACAUUGCCGUUGUCCCCGGCUCGCAGGAUGGAUUUUACAAAAUUCUCGAUAUUAUGAUCGACGAGAAUGAUCCGAUUAUGGUGCAGGCACCUGCGUAUACCGGGACCAUAGCUGCAGUAAAUUCGAUGCGGCCAGAAUACAUUGGCAUCCCCCAAGACGCCGACGGAAUAAUUCCCGAAGAGAUCGAGAGAAUUUGCAGUCGGCGACACAUCAAUAAUCUCAAAUUACCGAAAGCACUCUGCGUGAAUUCCAUCGGCGCAAACCCGACCGGUUCCGUUCUCCCGACAGAUCGGAAGAAGGAAAUUUACAAACUCGCCCAGAAGUACGAUUUCCUCAUCAUCGAGGACGACGCGUACUAUUUCAUUCAUUUUCUUGAUCACCAGCCGACAUCAUUUCUGUCUAUGGACACUGACGGACGGGUCAUUCGAUUGGAUUCAUUCAGCAAGAUCAUUAGUUCUGGAUUGCGACUGGGGAUUGUCACAGCACCUCAGGAAAUUAUUGAUAAAGUUAUUGUGAGCCUGCAGAAUACUGUUCUUCAUGCUUCUUCGUUGUCACAGAUGUUGAUGUUUAAGCUUCUGGAGAGCUGGUCCCCAAAAGAAUUCGACAACCACAUAAAAAAAGUUCAGAAUUUCUACAGGUCACAGCGUGACAUGAUGAUCAAGUCUAUGGAGAAAUAUUUGGAAGGCCUGGCAGAAUGGUCAGUCCCCAAGGCCGGAAUGUUCGUCUGGAUCAAACUCAAGACAAAGGACAAUGCUUUGGAUUUAAUCAUGGGAAAAUUAAUUCCCAAUGGGGUGUUCAUCAUCCCCGGAAGUGCCUUCGAUUACAACGAGUCCCAGGACGACCACCAUCUGCGUUUGUGCUACAGCUUCUCCACGGAGAACGAGGUCGACAAGGCAAUGCGAAUUCUUGCAAAAUGUCUCCGCGAAGGGGUGACGGAGAAGAAUGCUGACCGUCCCACUUGAUUACGAUGAAAUAUAUUCUUUGUUGCUUCUUUAAUAGCGAGGAAUGUCAAGCAAAAAUUCAAGAAUAUGCAUUUGAAGUGAAAAUAAAUACAAAUUUCGAUUCGAGCUGA